AUGAGGAGAGAAAAUGAGACUUCUGCUGUAGGUUUCAUCCUCCUUGGACUUUUUCCAGGAAUGACGUUCAUUGACUUACUCGUUUGCACCAUUCUCCUUGUCUACUUUGUUGCCACCACAGGAAACAGCACCCUUGUCCUCCUCAUAUGUCUGGAUCCCCAACUCCACAGUCUCAUGUACUUCCUGCUCAGCCAACUCUCCCUCAUGGACAUCUCCCUCAUCUCCACCACUGUCCCAAAGAUGCUAACCAACUUUUUCUCAGGAACAUCAGAUAUUUCAUACAUUGCCUGUGGAACUCAGAUCUAUUUCUACACAGCUUUAGGAGGCAGUGAAUGCAUUCUGCUAACUCUCAUGGCCUAUGACCGAUAUGUGGCUAUUUGCAACCCUUUGAGGUAUGUGGUCAUUAUGAAUUCUGAGGUUUGCCUACAGAUGGCCAUUGUGUCCUGGGUAGGAGGCGCAUUAAAUUCACUAGUCCAAACUGCAUACACCAUGCAUUAUUCUAGAUGUGGCGCAAUGGAAAUCCAACAUUUCUUUUGUGAACUACAGGCAGUGCUCAAGCUAUCAUGUGAGGACACUUCAGCUUAUGAGAAAGUAAUUUUAGUAAUAGGUAUUUUAUUUCUUCUCAUACCCUUUGGCCUCAUCCUAACCUCCUAUGCCCUCAUCUUUCUUAGUGUUCUCCAUUUAAAUUCUAUCAAGGCAAGGAAUAAAGCUCUUGCCACCUGCUCUUCCCAUCUGAUGGUAGUUUGUCUCUACUUUGGCCCAACCAUGUUCAUCUACAUGAUUCCUAGUUUCUUGCACACAUCAGAGCUAGAUGAAGGUCUAUCUGUAUUCUAUACCAUUCUUACACCAAUGCUGAACCCCCUCAUUUACAGCCUAAGGAACAAAGAAGUAGGAAAGGCUCUGAGGAAAAAUGUGGGUGAUUAG